AUGUUGGAAAUGGAGGAAAACAAUGGCGAAGACGAGCACUCACUCCGCGCAUGCGCUCAACAACUGUCAACACUCUGUUUACACUCACAGCUCGAGCGCAGUCCACGGCUCGAGCCCUCCAACACUCGACCGCCGCGCGGCCCGACUCGACCGCAACCCGACUUCUGCCGCGAUAUCUGUCCGUUGGGUUCGGGUGUCGGCCGAAGACCGACCGAAGAGUGGCCGCGAAUUCGGCGGCAAAAAAGUGGUCAAAAUUGCGGCCAAAUUGCGGACGAAAACAAUUUAAUGAGUUUUGCUCACGUGUCGAGUGUCGCCAUCUGUCGGCGCGUUUGCGAAGCUCUGAACAAAACGAUGGAUGACUUGAAAGACAUGUUAAAAGAUUUGUCUCUCUUUGAGCCCAAUUCUGGCCACAAUUCCCGACAUCUGCGGCCACAACGACCGCCGCCUCCGCCGCCCACUUCCCAGACGUCCAAAAGGGCCGCAUUUCCGCUGCCGAAGCCAACGCUCGACUUGACGCCCGUUUCCGCACAACACGUGACCACAAAAGUCAAGUCCAAGACUCAGGACUCGUCGCGCGCUCUGCUCUCCUACGAAGUGACGCCACCGAAGCCCAGAGGAAUGACCGAAGCGGAGAAGAAGGUGGAAGCGUUGACGCGCGCCAUCGAGCGCGAGAUGGAACUGGAGGAGCCGAAGGGCGAGUACUUCGGCAUCUGCUGCCAGUGCUGUGAGCGCGUGAACGGCGUGAUCGACGCGUGUCAGGCGAUGGGCAACCUCUACCACACCAACUGCUUCACGUGCUGUUCCUGCGGCCGUCCGCUGCGCGGCAAAGCCUUCUACAACGUGUUGGGAAAGGUGUACUGCGAAGAGGACUACCUGUACUGCGGCUUCCAGCAGACGGCCGACCGCUGCGCCAUCUGUGGUCAUCUCAUAAUGGAGAUGAUUCUGCAGGCGAUGGGCAAGAGUUAUCACCCGGGCUGUUUCCGAUGCCAACAAUGCAACGAGUGUCUGGACGGCGUGCCCUUCACCGUCGACGUCCAGAACCGCAUCUUCUGCGUCAACGAUUACCACAAACUGUUCGCGCCGAAGUGCGCCGCCUGUCAGCAGCCGAUCACGCCGUUGGAGGGCUCGGAGGAGACGGUGCGCGUGGUGUCGAUGGACAAGGACUUCCACAUCGACUGCUACCAGUGCGAGGAGUGUCGCCAGCAGUUGACGGACGGCACGUGCUAUCCCCUGAAUGGCCACCUGUUGUGCCAGAAGUGUCACAUCCAACGCAUCCAAUGAACACAUUUUUACAUUUUCAAUAAAAACGGAAAUCCUUUCAUUCC